GGUCUCGGUGCCCAGCUGGCACAGCCGUGUCUAUGUAGUAUACAUGUGGUGCCCCACACGUAGCGGCGCAUGCAGCUGUGGCCCUGUCCGUAGUAUAGAAGAGGGCACUGCCCCUGGAUGGUGCGCGUUGUAUAGGAGGCGCCCUCCCCACCGGACACCAUGUUGAAGUGCAUGCCACUGUGGCGCUGCAACCGCCAUGUGGAGAGCGUGGACCGGCGGCACAGCUCCCUACACACCGUGCCAGAGGAGAUCUUUCGCUACAGCCGCAGCCUGGAGGAACUGCUGCUCGACUCCAACCAGCUACGGGAGCUGCCCAAGCCUUUCUUCCGCCUGCUGAAUCUGAGGAAAUUGGGCCUGAGUGACAAUGAGAUCCAGCGUCUUCCGCCUGAGGUGGCCAACUUCAUGCAGCUGGUGGAGCUCGAUAUCUCCCGCAAUGACAUUCCUGAAAUUCCAGAAAGUAUCAAGUUCUGCAAGUCAUUAGAGAUUGCAGAUUUCAGCGGAAACCCUCUCUCCAGACUGCCGGACGGAUUUACGCAGCUCCGCAGCCUGGCCCACCUGGCGCUCAAUGACGUUUCCUUACAGGCGCUGCCCAAUGACUUUGGCAAUUUAGCAAAUUUGGUCACGUUGGAAUUACGGGAGAACCUACUGAAGUCUGUGCCAUCUUCUCUUUCAUUCCUGGUUAAAUUGGAACAUUUGGAUCUUGGAAGCAAUGACCUACAAGUUCUGCCUGACACACUCGGUGCCCUUCCCAACCUCCGAGAACUCUGGCUGGACAAGCCACGCUUGUCCACGAUCCCUGCUGAAUUGGGCAAUCUCCGGCGAUUGGUGUGUCUGGAUCUCUCAGAGAACAAGCUGGAGGAACUUCCUGCAGAGAUCAGCGGCCUGGUGUCUCUCACGGACCUGCUGCUAUCUCAGAACCUGCUGAUGAGCUUACCUGCCGGCAUAGGACAGCUGAAACAAUUGUCCAUUCUGAAGGUGGAUCAGAACCGCCUGACCCAGCUGACCGAGUCCAUUGGAGACUGUGAAAAUCUGAGUGAGAUUAUUCUGACGGAGAACCUGCUGACGUAUCUACCGAAAUCCACAGGGAAUCUCACCAAGCUGACCAAUAUGAAUGUGGAUCGCAACCGGCUGACCUCUCUGCCCAGUGAGAUCGGGGGCUGUUCCAGUCUAAACAUGCUGUGCCUGCGUGAUAACCAGCUGACCUCCCUCCCGCCAGAGCUGGCCAACGCCACCGAACUGCACGUGUUGGACGUGGCGGGGAACAGAUUGCAAAACCUGCCCUUUGCGCUGACCAACCUCAAUCUGAAAGCUCUCUGGUUGGCAGAGAACCAGUCCCAGCCAAUGCUAAAAUUUCAGACCGAAGAUGAUGAGAUAACUGGAUCCAAAGUGCUCACCUGCUACCUCCUGCCGCAGCAGCCGUCUCCGAGCAUCGAGAGCCCCCUUCAAAACAGCAUGGAUGACAGCUGGAUAGAUGGAAACCUCAACCGCGUCAGCGUCAUUCAGUUUCAGGAGGAGCUCGGAGCGGAGGAAGAAGAUGACGAGGCUGCAGCAGAGAGGAGGGGUCUGCAUAGAAGGGCCACACCUCACCCCAGUGAACUAAAGGUGAUGAAGAAGGGGAUUGAGGAUCGCAGGAACGAGCAUUUCACCCCCAAACCGCAUGCAGUGUCCCCCAGUGAUGAGGAGAAGCGCCACAGCGGUGACUCCACACAGAGCGGGGAGUCUCAGCGCAGCGGCAGCACAGUGUCUGCCGGAUACCACGAGGAACGUCGGAACAUGGUGGAGGAGAAAGCAGGUGAGCCGGAGCCAGAAGAGGAGGAAAAGAACCCAGCGGAUGAUAUGGAAGUGGAGUACAUGGAGCACAGCGUACACUUUGCAGAGGAGACUCUUGUGCACUGUGACGAUGAAGAGGAUGACUAUGACGAAGAUAGGGGGUCCCCGGAAAAGAAGCGUCUGAUCCGUAAGGACACACCACACUACAAGAAACACUCAAAGAUCACAAAACUGCCAAAUACCGAAGCUGUGGUGGCCUUACUGCAAGGACAGGCCCCCUGUGGACUCGCAGAGGAUCAGGAUGGACAUGGUCAGGGAUAUAGGAGGUGCUCACAGGAGGCCGAGGAGGACGAUGAUGUAGAAGAGGCAGAGGAGGACAAGGAUUGGGAACCAGAGAACAGAGAGGAGAGGAACAGCGCCCAGCAGAAUAUCAAGGGUGUGUCGUUUGAUCAAGUGAAUAAUCUUCUGAUUGAGCCUGCAAGGAUAGAGGAGGAAGAAAUUACUCUCAACAUUCUGCGACAGACUGGGGGUCUGGGCAUCAGCAUAGCGGGGGGCAAAGGCUCCACCCCCUACAAGGGAGAUGAUGAGGGGAUUUUUAUCUCCAGAGUAGCAGAGGAAGGACCAGCGGCUCGGGCCGGUGUGCGAGUUGGAGAUAAACUUCUACAGGUGAACGGCGUUGACCUCCAUAACGCGGAGCAUCACACGGCGGUGGAGGCCCUGCGCAGUUCCGGAACCUCUGUGUCUAUGACCGUGUUGCGGGAAAGAAUGGUGGAGCCUGAAAACCCCAUCACAGUCACCCCGCUACGGCCUGAAGAUGAUUACAACCCGCGGGAAAAGCGAGUCGUCAUCCCCUUUGCAGAGGAAGAGGAGGAGUCUUUGCAAACCGCCAAGGAGCGGAUCUCCACCUGUCUGAUGCGCAAUGACAAGGGUCUUGGAUUCAGCAUCGCUGGCGGUGUGGGGAGCACCCCGUAUCGGGCUGGAGACACGUGUAUAUUCAUCUCACGGAUCGCAGAAGGCGGAGCCGCUCACCGUGACGGGACCCUCAGAGUUGGAGACCGGGUCUUGUCUAUUAAUGGCGUAGACAUGACAGAAGCCAGGCAUGAUCAGGCAGUAGCGCUGCUUACUAGCACUUCACCCACCAUCACUCUACUGGUGGAGAGAGAACCCGCCCAACCGGGGGCACCGGCAGACCCGAGAGCAUCGCCUUCCCUUCAAAGAGCCCGGCCGCGCUCACCACCGCCGCCCCCAGAGAGCGAGAAUGGCGAGGGAGAGGAAGACGUGACAUCACCGAAGAAUCACAGCAGUCACGGGAUGGAUGACGAGUAUCCCAUAGAGGAAAUUAUCCUAAUAAAGGCUGGUGGCCCCCUGGGUCUCAGUAUAGUAGGGGGCAGCGACCACUCCAGCCACCCGUUUGGGAUACGAGAACCGGGCGUCUUCAUCUCAAAGGUGAUCCCUCGUGGUGUGGCCGCACGUAGCGGGCUCAUGGUUGGUGAUCGGAUUUUAGAGGCAGCUGGGGUGGAUCUGAGACACGCCACCCACCAGGAAGCUGUGAAGGCCCUACUCACACCAGACAAGGAGCUGCAGCUACUAGUGAGGAGAGACCCUCCGCCCUCGGGAAUGCAGGAAAUCUGCAUUGUGAAGGCUCCGGGAGAGAAGUUGGGGAUCAGUAUUCGUGGUGGAGCCAAGGGUCACCCGGGAAACCCCCUCGAUCCGUCUGAUGAGGGAGUCUUCGUCUCCAAGGUCAGUUCCUCCGGAGCAGCAGCUCGUGAUGGACGGCUGAAGGUCGGCAUGCGGAUUUUGGAGGUGAAUCAGCAAAGCCUGUUGGGGAUGACUCACACGGAAGCAGUUCAGGCGCUGCGUGGAGUCGGCGACACACUUCUUAUUCUUGUCUGUGAUGGCUUUGAUCCCGUCUCCACGAACUCAGUUGAGGCCUCUCCCGGCGUGAUCGCCAAUCCAUUCGCGGCUGGCCUUGGAAGGAAGAACAGCAUGGAUAGCAUUUCCUCCAUCGAUCGUGAUAUGAGCCCAGAAGAGAUGGAGCGAUUGCAGAAGGAGGUGGAGCUGGUUCGGGAGGUGAAGUGGGAAAGAGAGGACAUGGAGAAAGUGGAGAAAAUGCGCAGGGAGCGCGAGGAGGCUACGCGGCUCCUCGAAGAGGAAGCGAAGGGAUACACAACAUCGUCUACUGAACCCCUGAUGUUGGACUACAAGACGCUGGCAGCCUUACCCAGCAGUGGUCUGCCCAAAGGGAACAGACUUCCCCUGGGAAUGGAACCUUCCUACUCUCCUGUCCCCGUGGCCCUUGUCCAUCCUGUCCCAACAGUCGUAGCCAAUGGCCCCUCCUGCCUCCCCGCCCACCCGAUACCCUCUCCACACCCGGCUGUUGCGCCCGCCCCCGCGGCUGUGCCCAGCGAGUCUGGAACCCCCUCCGGUAUGGCGGAGCCAGAGGAGGAGGUGCUUGUGGACUGCCAGUCCAUCCACUUCAACGAGAAUCCCUUCAUACUGGCUAACAAGAAGCGGCCAGGGGCCAGUGCAGUUGCACUAAGUGGGCCCCCUACUGGAUACGGCAAGGCGGGAGUCCUGAAGACCACUGUGUACUCCUGCAAGAAGACUCCCUCUGGAGAUUACACAACUGGAAAUAAAAGGGACGUUCCAGGUUCCCCCUGCAGCCCCAGCGGCUCGAAGGCUGGCCCUCCUCGGUCCUGUCCCCUCGGUGGCAGGGAGACGCGAUUUGCAUCAAUAAACUUUGUGAGCAACAGUGACGGCCGGCAGGCCUCCUCUCCCACCCCCAGUGAUGGACUUCCUUCCCACGCCAGACAAGUCUACAAAGCCUUUGCUGCAGUUCCCUCCGCACACCCGGCCUCCGAGCAGCAGGAGCCGACGACUCCCCGAACACCUGACCGACCAUGUUCAACCCCUGAGGGCUUGGACAGUCCCGAGCAGCGAUCGUUCCGGGAGAGGCAGAAAUACUUUGAGAUGGACAUGAAGCAGCAGCAGGAGAAUCGUCCCCCCAAACGGGUGUCGCUGGUCGGAGAGGAUGACCUGAGGAAAAUGAAGGAAGAGGAAGCCCGCAAGAUCCAGGUAAAGCGACAGCAGCUCCUGCGGGAGGAGGGAGACUCGAGUCCCCGGCCCGUCGCACCCAGCACCCCCACCAGCGUCUUCAUCGAAGGGGUGGAGUACAAGAUUGAGCGCGUGGACGGAGGAGGAAGCCUGUCCUCCCUAACUGGGUUAUCGCCAUCUGAAUCUCAGAGGAAUUCUCUUGAGGAUUCUUUCAGGAUGGAGCAAAGACCGAACUUCAUGUCGGGGCUGAGUCCGGUGUACCCCGCCGGUAUGGAUGGGGCAGCCCCAGUACGCACUGCCAAAGCGGAGAGACGGCUGCAGGAACGUCUGAAGAUGCAGAGCCCCGAGUUAACAGAAGAGGAGAUGCAGCUGUCACCUGCAGAGCGCAGAGCAUUGCAGGCUGAAAAACGGGCCAUGUGGAGAGCCGCCAGCACUCUGGAGGACAGUAUUAAGCAGUAUGAGCAAUCUCUGGCAAAGAAGCUGUACCAGUCGCGGCAGAACAGGCCCAGAACCCCCGAGGAUGCCGGCAGGAUGAAAUCUCUGGAACAGGAUGCGCUUAAGGCUCAGGUUGUGAUCGCUCGCUCCAAGGAGAACCGGAAACGGAGCACACUAGACCAGCUGGUGGAGUCCCCGUCCCCAGCUCCCACUCCGUCACCGACCCCUCUGGAAGAUUACAGCCCCCGUCUGCUGACGUCCCCCGGGAGACUGUCUCACUCAGACAAGAAGUUUGACUACAGACAAUUUGCUGCUAUUCCGUCUUCCAAACCGGUGUAUGAGAUCCAGUCCCCUGACACAACGCCGGGCCUGAAGUACGAGGAUGGCCGAAUAUCAGACUGAUCCCCUCCCACCGUCCUCUCUCCAUCCCGGCAGCAAUGUAUUCUGGGUAGGCG